AUGUCAACCCUCCUUGCUCUAUUCAGACGUCUUCUUUUCCGUCGUCGUGCAACCACUGACAAGGCUUCAGAUGAGAGUGGAAAAUCACAAAAGACAAGAACCAAAUCUCUCAAUAUUCCAGCAACGAAUAAUUCAAUUCGCGAAAAAACGAGAAUUCAAGUGAAACGUGGAUCGCAGGUUGUCAUCCGAAACCGGAGUCAGAGUGUUACCGUCGAGAGGAAACACGUCAGCAGAAGCACUGAUAAUAAACACUCUCCAUCCACCCGGCGUCAGUCUCAUUUCACAAUCCACAAAUCUGGGAACAAUCUACCAACAAGCCUUGCUCCAACUCUUACAUCCAGCUACCGUAUGAGAUCUUCUUCUGCUUCGAAACCUACUAUUAUCUAUAUUCAUUCCUAA